AUGGUUCAACAGAAGGCGCUGAUCUAUGCGUUCGUGGCGCGUGGCUCCGUGAUACUGGCGGAGCACACCGAUUUCAGCGGGAACUUCAACUCCAUAGCCUACCAAUGCUUGCAGAAGCUUCCCGCCUCCAACAGCAAGUUCACCUACAAUUGCGAUGGCCACACCUUUAACUACCUCGUCGAUAACGGCUUCACUUACUGUGUGGUUGCUGAAGAAUCAGCUGGAAGGCAGAUCCCCAUAGCAUACCUGGAGCGCAUCAAGGAUGACUUUGUAUCUAAAUAUGGUGGUGGAAAGGCAGCAGUAGCAGUUGCUAAUAGCCUUAACAGGGAAUUUGGGCCUAAAUUAAGGGACCAUAUGCAAUAUUGUGUUGACCAUCCUGAGGAGGUAAGCAAACUUUCAAAGGUGAAAGCUCAGGUGUCAGAAGUCAAAGGUGUCAUGAUGGAGAAUAUUGAGAAGGUUCUAGACCGUGGAGAGAAGAUAGAGCUUCUUGUGGAUAAGACAGAGAAUCUUCAUAAUCAGGCACAGGACUUCAGAAACACUGGCACACAAAUCCGGAGAAAAAUGUGGCUGCAAAACAUGAAGAUUAAGCUGAUUGUAUUGGGAAUUAUAAUUGCGCUAAUCCUCAUCAUAGUGCUCUCUGUUUGCCACGGGUUCAACUGCGGAAAGUGAGCCUUUUUUGCCAUGAUAUACUUGUUGGAGGCACUCAACUUUGUGUUGGCUUUUGCACCACUGAAAUCUUUCAUUUUGAAGCCAUAGGAACUGUUUGAUCGAUUUGCAACCAUUCUUCCAUAGUAGAUCUGUAAAUGCCUUUCUUUUUUUUUUUUUUUUUUUUUUUUUUUUGGGUCUUUUAUUUGAUUUGAUGUUAUUUUAUUUUGGAACCUUUGUGGUCUUUUAGUUGUUUUUUUUUUUGGUUGAUAUAUAUUGGUAUUUUCAUUUCAGUUUACAAAUACAGAUGUGUUUUGCAUUUUCAGCUUGUAUUCAGAACACUCUGCGUUACAGCAUUAAAUAGUCCGUUACAGUUA